AUGGAAUCGGUGCGCAAGGCUAAUACUCGACUCCGUAACUAUCCAAUAUUGCUGUCAAAGUGCGCCGAGUCUGCAUCCUUAUAUGCGGCUUGCGUUGCACGGGAUAUAAACGUACAGCAGAAUAUAUGCGACGCCGAGUUUAAGCAAUUCAUGAAUUGUAUACGCAAAAGCGCUGCCGAAUUAAAGACCAAAUUAUAAACGAAAGAAAGAAACACCCACAAUAACAUAGAUAACUAACAUGUUGAAUUGGCAGAGAGGAUAUCAACAACUAUUGAAGCUAAGCUUCCCUGCUCAUCUAGUUAUUUCGGCUUUCUUGCGACUAACACUUAUUUGCUAUGCCCAAAUACACGAUGCCAAAUCAACAGUGCCAUA